GCUGUUGUCACAGAUCCAAUAAGGUAGAUACGUUAAGGCUACUUGUUGAUCUCAUCAGCCAUGAACCAAAGCGGUGGCCGCAGACGCAAUAAAUCAGCUCGCAAUGGUCGUCACAGGCGUAAUGUAAGUGUGCCUGGUGUUUGUCCUUCACCUAAGGUUCAUCCUCAAAAGGCUGAUUAUCUGUUGUUCCAGCUAAAUGCAACGCAAAAAGCAACUCGCAACGAAGCCGCUGCUAGCAACGCAAGCGAAGACAGGUUUAGCAAGCUGCCCAAUGACCUUCUGCUCAACAUUCUGGAGAGGGUGGACACGCUCGACGCUAUAAGGACCUCUGUCCUCUCGAAGCGAAUGCUGAAGCUCCCCACCAUGCUCUCACAGUUCUUCCUAAGUAUUAGUUCCAUCAAAUAUGACCAUGAUAAAAUGCCCCAAAUCAACCGUGCCGUGGCUCAUGUAACUGAUAGCAUCUUGGGCACGAGGAACCCGGAAAUCACCAUCCGCAAUCUCAAAAUCAGAUUCAUUUUGAUGGAUCAUGACUCUCUCACCAUUGGAAGAUCUGUCGCCCACGCCAUGGCAACCCAGAAGGUUGAAGCAGCUGAGUUUGAGAUUAUAACGGAGAAGGCUUAUAGUGACAGCACUCCUGCCGAUCUCCUCCAAUCUGCUAAGCUGUUCAAUAAUUUUGUUGGUGCUUGUCCGGAUGCGUUUGCUGGCCUCAGGCGCCUGUGGCUGCGUAAUAUGAGGUUCGGUGAACAGGACAUCCCAAACAUCCUCAGCACUUGCAAGCUCUUGGAGUCUUUGCGUUUAACCCAUUGCGACUCAGGGAUCUAUUCUGUGCUGCAAGUAGAACAUGCUCAACUUAUUGAGCUCGAGGUUGACCUUGGGAAAUUUGAGAGAGUUGAGCUGAUAUGUCUACCCAAACUCCAGCGGGUGAGCUAUAAUAAUUGGUGCUCUUCUGAACAUCCUGUGUAUUUUGGUCUUGUACCACAGCUUUCAAGGCUGAGCCUCACUAAAGUUGGCGUCCAUUCUGAUAAGAUUCUUGAGUUAAGUCAGCUUCUUGCUGAUGUUCAUUCCAUAAGUGAUCUGCAUCUGGAUUUUCAAAGUGAAAAGAUUUGGGUUUUACCAGAAUGCCCGAAAAUGCUCAAGCCUGUGCUCAGCAAACUACAGCAUGUGAAUCUGGACAAUCUUCCUGAAGGAUGUGAUUUAGCUUGGACAAUGUUUAUUAUUGAAGCUGCACCCUCCCUAAAAGAGCUGUGCAUUACAGUAUGGGAUCAUUGGUGCAUAAUGAUGACAAACAAAGAGUUCCGGAAGAAAUAUGGUUACUGCGAAAAGGCAGACGUGAAGUGGAAGCUAUAUGCUCCUGAUUUCAAGCACAAGACUCUGGCUAAGCUCACCAUCUACGGCUUCCAACCCAACGACAAUUUUAAGCGAUACAUCAGAUGUGUUGUGGAACAUGCGGUUAAUAUAACAGAGAUAUCUCUGUACGACAGGAAGCUGUGUGGGCGUUGUGGUGACAAGGUUUACCAAUCAAGAUAUCCACGGACUGCCGAGGAGAGGAAACGAACAGCUGAGGGGUUGGGUUUGGCUUCGCCUGCUGUGAUUCACUUCCGGUCCUAAUUGAAAAAUCAUUGGCAUGAUAGUCUUAUAUGUAGUUCGGAAAUCACUUCCUAUCAUCUUUAGUUGGAAGGAGUUCCAUAAUUCCGUAGUUACAAAGUCUGUACUCUUGCUUUCCCUUCAAUUGAAGUUUGUACUUGUUACCUAAUUGAGGAAAUACUAGCAUGCCCGCGUGGCGGCACGCCGCCCACAUUGAUACAUCAUGUUUAUA